AUGAGGGCGGUGAUGUGUCCCCAACGAGUUUCCAUAGCGGUGUUUACCACCUUUGAUUUAAAGGCAAGCCUGCGAGGAGGCAAAACAUAAAAUACAGUUUAAUCAACGUCGGGAUAUGUGAAAAGUCGUGUUAACGUUACACACGGACGAAGAAAACGGCAAACUAUAAUGUACGUAGCUAGUUGGCUAAAGUACACUGAAGUUGAAGACGUUAAAUUGUAGCAUUCAGCGUUUCUCUGAACCUCAAUGGAGGCAGGAAGAGUCAACAGAAGGAUCCGUGUUUACGACCGCCGCUCUGAGAACGAGCAGCAAGUUACGGGGAAAUUGCUGGAAACAAGCGGUUUGGACUUCAAUGGCUUUCUUAAAAUUCUGCACCGGAAAUUUGCAAUCCGUUCACAUGAAACAUUUGUGUUGGUCACAACGGACCGAACAGUCCUGGAUUUUGACAACUUUGAGAAGCUUCAGGAUGACAGCACCCUCCACUUGUUGCAACGGGAGGACCAAGCUCUGGCAUUGGCAACAGAGGAGUCCAUCACGUUUAAGCCUCAUUAUAAUACGUUGAUCCGGAGUGGCAUGUAUGAGUACUAUGCUAGUGCAGGCCAGAAACCAUUGCCAUACACACUUGCUGAGCUGAUCGACAACUCUAUUUCAGCCACAGCUAAAAACACAGGAGUGAGGAUGAUAGAAAUAAGGCUGAUGUUUGAUGAAAGUCUUGGGAAACCUGCAGUGAUUGUCUUAGAUAAUGGGUGCGGGAUGACCUCUAAACAGCUCAAUAACUGGGCAGUGUACAAACUCUCUAAAUUUUUCAGGGACAACGGCACAUUUGGAAGUAAGCAAGAGGGGUAUGUCCGGCCUGAUCCUGUCCCUCGUAGUCUCAACAGUGAUAUAUCCUACUUUGGAGCUGGAGGAAAACAGGCUGCUUUCUACAUCGGAGACUCAGCCAGGAUGAUCACUAAAACAGUUGGCUCCCCAGAUGUUCAUGAGCUAGUUAUAUCCAAAGAGGACUUUGAGAGAAAAGAAAAGAACAAAGAAGAUGUUUACAGUGGGACCAUUAAAAACAGAAAGGUUGGUGACUCUUCACAUGUGACUAAAGAUGAUGAGCGCUUCCUCCGUUCCCUUAUCGCUGAGGAAUCUGCAAAGGAAAGCUUCACAGCCGUGAUCAUUAUGGGAGUCUUGCCCGACCAUAUAAGAUUUCUGAAAGACAAUUUUGCAGUGUGGACCAGACAGCUAGCUCACACAUUUCACUAUUACAUUCAUGGAGUCAAUGGAAAGAACAUGAGUAGCAGCUCUACAAAUUCAGAUCAUCUCCCUAACAUUGACAUUCAGAUCACUCUGCGGGAGAAGCCUCCCAGAUGUCCCCGUGUGAUGAAUCUUAGGGAAGUUGAGAACGACAUGCAGACUCUGUACAUAAAUACUGCUGCUGACACAUUUGAGUUUAAGGCCUACUCUGAACAAAACACUGGCACGGUGGAGGGAAUUAUUCGGUAUCAUCCCUUCCUUUAUGACAAGGAGACUUACCCUGAAGACCCUGAUGCUGACCAAGUCUCUCUUGAUGAUGACAACGACGAUAAUGAGUCUAGAGUCCUGCAUCAGGCAAGAGGGAAAAGGCCGAUAUUUAACUGUUUCUGGAAUGGACGGCUCAUACCUUACACCACAGUGUCUGAGUUUGACUGGUGUAGUCAGAGUAAAGGAGCAAAGGAGCUUGCAGAGUGUUACAAUCGGGUGUCAGGGGUGCUUUUCACUGAUGACAGAUUUACGGUCAGCACGAACAAACUCACCUUCAUAGAGCUGGAGCUGAUACUGAAGAACAAGGACACAAUCUUCACACGAAUUGUUAAUGGACAGUGUCCACAGGAAAAGAAAAGAUCUGCACCUCCCUCCCUGAUCAAGGCACAAAGAAGUAACAUUCAGAAGGAGUUUACGCAGUGGCUAAAAAACUGUCACGAGAAGUUGGACAAGCAAGUAAAGUUCAUGGGCCAUAUGGAAACCAUAACAAGAACAGAUGUGCCUGUAAAGAGAGAUCAGUAUCCCUGGGCGACAUUCUCCUCCAUCGAAUGGGACGGCAACAUUUACAAAACGGGCCAACUUGUGAAGUCUCAAAAAACACAGCCCAUUCUGUAUGGUAGAGUGGUUCGUUUUUUGCUGUAUGGAAAACAUGACGGAAAUGUCUUUGCCACAGGGGGACUGGUCGAAGUGGCUCUGGAACCCAAAGCAUGUUACGACAAAAUCAAGACCAUAGCCAUUUCCAAGAUUGACAAGAGCGCCACUGAUGAAGCCAUCCAGAAAAACAUCGACAAAGACUCCGCCAAGCUUCCAGAGAUUCUGAAAGUGGACUGGCCGGAAGGUGACCCCUGGCCACAGAAUGCUGCACGUAUGGCUGGGUCUCCGUUCGGGCCACUCCAAAUCAAAAUACUAAACAAGAAGGGAGAGUCUAUAUCCACGAUGCCACAAGUGAGCCAUGGAGCAGUGAAAAAACUGAUUAUAGAACUCAAAGUCGUUCAGCACGGUCCUAAAGCCGAUCAAGAGGUUGUCUCUUUUGUUGCCCAGCAUUCAACGACGUGGGGUUUCUGGUUCAAAAAAAUUGAGAAACUGACUGACCUAGGGAAGUAUACUCUGUACCUGAACACUAUGUUAUUUGAAAAUAAUGCUACCGUCUUUGGAGGGAAAAAGCUUCCAAGCUACAAACUCAAAUUCACCAUCAUCGAGGGUAGAGCUGAGACUUUCGUUAUCGGUGCAGUGAGCCCCUCUCUUUAUGUGGGAGUGCCAUUCAACAUUCCUCUGCUGCUGAAAGAUGGUUAUGACCACUCAGUGACGUCUCCUCCUGAUGUUAAACCUGUACUCAAAUGCAGGGGCCUGGACCUGAGUUACGACAGAGUGGACAGCAGUGGGAUCACGUUCACCAUCUUCGAUGUCAAAGCAAGAGGAAAAGUCCUCAAUUACCAACAAUCAAAGACAUAUGAGUUGAGAGUGACCAUGCCUGGCCUGAAGAAAGACACACAGACUAUCACGAUCAGUCUUCUUCCUGGUAAUCCACAUGCUCUCCAUGUGACACCAGCUGACAACCCAAUCACAGUCCAGAAUGGAAACCCUGUCACAUUUAAAGUUGAAAUUCACGAUGAGGCCGGAAACAUCACCGCUCACUCCAAACAGAUUGUUCGCUGUCAGGUCCAGGGGUUACCACUGGUGGCAACUGACUGCAGCACCACUGGAGCUGGACAGCUUGUGACAAAGCCCAUAAACCUGAAAAUGAUCAAGGGAGAACCCCAAAACCUCAAAGUUCAUUUUGAGAUGCCUAGUCAGAAGAAGAUGGCUAAGGUUGUCAGGGAGCUGAAGGUGGUGCCCAGCACAAGAGUCUCCCGCAUGGAGCUCUGCAGUGAGGAUGAUGAGAAUUUGAUGCUAAGGAACAACGAAAAGAUAGAGUGGCUGGCUGGAGGCUUGCUGGAGAACCUGUUCUAUAAGUUGUAUGAUGAGGCUGGCAGAGAGGUACCUCCCACUGCUACAAUAGCCUCCAAGAUCAAGGUUAACUGGACAGGAGAUGUAAAUCUGGAGGAUUUGCUCAAGGGCAAGCUGCCUGACUUACAGGUGCCCACGCAGGUGCAGGAAGCGCGCUUCUACCAGGUGUCCUACCAAGACCAGAGUGUGUCUGUCUCCUUCAACAUAGUGCCUCGUCCAGAUGAACCAAAACGACUGAAAGCAACUGUACUCCAAAGCACACUGAAGCUGGGUGAAAUCCUACCUGGACACAUCAACUUGGAGCUUGUGGACCAGUAUGAUAAUGCAACCAAGACGCUUACCUCCACCUGUAAGAACCAUAUGGCUGUGGAAGCUGAGGGUCUGGACAAAUCGGCUGUCGUCUUUAGAUGGCAGGGGAGCAGCAGUUCUGUUCUGGUUACGGGGGUGCGGUUCCAGUCCGGGACUCCUGGCCACAGAGAGAUGUGCUUCACCUACAAGAGUUAUGUGGAGCGCAUCAUAGUUAAAGUUGUCGCUGGGGUCCCUGCGCAGCUUAAACUAGUCAGUGGGCCAGAGAAGCCUUUGCAGGUGUUGAAUGACCAAGGCAUUGCCACACCGUUCCUCGUCCAACUGUGUGAUGAGUGGGAAAAUCCCACUACAGACCAGAGGGUGGUGGUAGAAUUGAAAUCUUCACCCCCGACAUUAAAGGUGACAACAGCUGUUACAUCACAACCCGUGAACGCAGAAGGGAAAGCCUCUUUCACUGUUAACUGUUUGAGCGGACCAAAGGGGUACUAUCAGCUGGUGUUUAAAGGUUCCCUCAACCAAAAACCCAUCCCUGGUCCAUCAGUGAAUCUCACUGUCAUCCCUGAUCCCACCAAACCUGUCAGCCUAUCAGUGGAGUAUGAAACCAAUGACAAGCUUCCUGCCGGAGGCAUCCUCCCAGUCUUCUCGGUGACCGUGGUGUCUGAUGAAGGAGGCCCGAUUACGACUUUUAAGCCCGCUGCUGUGUCCAUGUUUCUGUGGAAGGGAGGGCCAUCAGGAAAAACCCCUCCACAAACGGCCAUUGAGCUGAAGUGUAGUAAACCAAUGCAGAAUGAAAAGAAUGACCGUUUCCACUUCAGAGAUAAAGAGAUCCCAGAACAAGUUGGAAAGUACACCAUCCAGUUUUUUCUACGAAUAAACAAAACAAACGUCCUGUACAGUAAUCAGAUUGCUAUACAUGUGGUGGCCAAUCAACCUGUCAAACUGGCACCCGUCUCUCAGCCACCAACCCCAGUUGUUUCCUACAGUGAUGUCAUUGCCAACCGAACCUUGGUGAAGAAUAUGACCCUGAGGAUAACGGAUUCAUACGGAAAUCCAGCAGGACAGGACCUGGACGGGGAGGUUGUCAUUUCUAUAAAGAACUCUAGUGGAGAAGGCAACAAAAGCCUCCCUCUGUUUGAAGGCAAAGCCAACAGCUUGAAAAUAAACUUGGUAGAAGGAAAGGCCCACAUGGCUAGGCUUGCUAUCAUGGAGAACAGCCCCGGUGAGAAUGGCACUACAUACGUCCUCCUCUUCAUCCCUCAAGUGUCAAUGGUUCCCACGUCUCUGGCUCCCUUUGAGCUCCCCUUCCGUUUUUUCAAUGAUUCAGAGAACCAACGGAAAAUGUCUGAGCUGUCCAGGAAGAAAGAUGAGCUCACUACUGCUCUUGCCAAAUAUUCAGACAUUUUUUCUACAUAUAGUGAACUUCUUAGUUUGCUAACCUCUCAUCACCUGGUUGCAAGUAACAAAGAGGCUGACCUUAGAAAUGAGCUGAACAGGAGGAACGUGGAAAUAGCACAAAGUAUCCCAGAUGUUGACAGAAUCCUAAACCAGAAGAAGAUGGAAGCCAGCCAUGUGCUACGUGCACCCAGAAGAGUUUGUUCCCUCCGUGAUAACUUCGGCGGGCAGCAGGAUGUUUUGGGAAUGGUUGGCCACCUGGCAUUUGUGCAGGACGAUGAUGCUGCGAGGGUUAUCUCAUGGCAUAUCAGGGGUGACAUGGAUUGUGUCAUCACCAACACGACCGCGGCAGCAAUGAAGAUCUUUGACGACACACACGGCAGCCAGCAGGUCAUGGCCCUUGACAGUGUUUAUGUAACACCAGGCAACAGGCCGAUGCCACACAUAAGAAAUGGCCGCAUGCUCUUCAAUCCCUCUGGGAACCCAGUCCUCGCCAGAGAUCUCCUGAUCUUCCCCCGUGACCAGGAGAGCUGUAACAUUGCUUUUAAAAGCAUCCUAGCAGACACUAUUCUGAUUGAUGACCUGAACUCUGGAACCAACUACAGGAAGGCGGUGGUACAGAAUAGGAUGCAGUGUCCCACCAUCCUGACCAGGCAGGGGGACAGGAUCAGUGCCAGGGGCAAGUUUGGAGGCGCACAGAACAAAGCCCCAAUGAAUAUCACACCAUUGUUUGGAGCCCCACUCCCACAACAUUACUACACUCUUAAGGAACACAUAGACCUGAUCAGCCAGCACAGGUUAACUCUGGAGAAGAGGGAUCAGACAGCGAAGGCGCGUGACGAGCAUUUAAAAAGCAUGAAGUCGCCUGAAAUGCUACAAAAGCAUCAAGAAAUGGAGUUGAAAAAGAAACAGCUGGAGGAGAUUGAGAGACAACUUGUGUCAACCCCAGUACGACCAGUGAAACGGAGUCUUGAGAAUAGUGGCGAGCCAUCCAGCUUCAUUGCAAAGAGAACAAAGCAGAGAUCCAUAUGAGAAGUGGUCUUUAGUUCAACCUGAUAGGUUGAGCACAAAACUCUUUUUUUACCUCUUUUUUAUGUUUGAGCUAAUUAUUAAGUUGUUGUAAUUGAUUUGUGUUUAUACAGAUUUGACUUUUGUAUGUUUUAACACUUUUGUUCUAUUCAAAAUUGCUGAAAAAGUUGUGUGCAUGGCAAAAUAUAUC